UGGUUCCUCCAGAUGCCCAGCAGCAGCAGCUGGAGGAAAACUCCUCUGUGGCCAACGAGAUCCCAAACCCAGAACCCCCACUGGUUAAAAAGGAACAGGAAGAAACUGAUAUCACCAAGCUGACAUUCAGUCAUAUCCAUGUGAAAAGUGAGGAGGAUGAGGAGGAACUUCAGUCUUCACUUCUUCGUCACAGGAAGACGGAGGAGAACGAAGUGACUCUGGUUGGAGAAGGCUGUGGACAAUCUGAACUCACUACUGAUUACAGGAAAACAAAGUCUAAAGUUGGAGUUGAGGAUUUUAACGAGACCACAGACCGUGUAAAUGAUUCUGGAUCUAAUAACAGAAACGUGUUUCAGUGCUCUGAGUGUGGCAAACGGUUCGGCUCCAUGAGUUAUCUUAAGUUACACAUAAGAUGCCACACAGGUGAAAAGCCUUUCAGGUGUCCCGUUUGUAGGAAAUGCUUUACGUGGAAAGGUCGUCUCCAGAUACACAUGAGAGUCCACACGGGAGAGAAACCUUUCAGGUGCUCGGUGUGCGGCAAAACCUUCAGUGAAAGCGGGAAUCUGAAGGUGCACAUGAGGGUCCACACGGGAGAGAAACCUUUCAGCUGCUCUGUUUGUGGGAAAGGUUACGCACAAAGGGGGAAUUUGAAAAUGCACAUGACGGUCCACAAAGGAGAGACGAUAUCCAGAUGUGGUCUGAAUCGGUCGUCUCAUCUUCAUCACAGCCAGACCAGAGGGAUGAGAAACGCCGUGAUGACACCCGAAUCAGCUGCAAACUCUGAUGCAGAGGGGCAUUUACAACCAGGCACUACGCUCAGCUGUGACCACGAGGCUGGGAACUGUGGCAUCUGCAAGAAGCCAUUCGGUUGCUCUGAGUGUGGGAAGAGAUUUGGCUUUAAGGGGCAGCUGAAGACACACAUGAGGUCUCACACAGGUGAAAAGCCCUUCAGGUGUCCCAUCUGCUGGAAGUGCUUUUCAUGGAAUGGAUGUUUACAGAAACAUAUAAAAACCCACACGGGAGAGAAGCCGUACAGAUGCACAGUGUGUGGUAAAGGCUUUGUCGAGAGUGGAAACCUGAAGGUUCACGUUAGGAUUCACACAGGAGAGAAACCGUUCAGCUGUUCAAUAUGUGGUAAAAGAUACAGGCAGAAGGGAAGUCUGACAAAACAUCUUGAAAUCCACAGAGAGGAGAAAUGAUUCUCAGAAACCAGUUCUGAGCGUUUUCGGGGCUUCAGAGGAAACUCAGUCGCAUCCUGCUUCUUCAAAACAUCUGGACUAGAUAUUGGACCAGAAAAAUCCACACUCAAUACCUCAAACUAGUGUUGGGCAUAUGAAGAAGCUAUUCUGUAGUUU